UCACGACGUUCGGCGCGUCAACAAAACCAUGUUGCUAAAGAGAGACUAAAGGAAGAGGUACGGAUUGCAAGAUUCUUCCGAAUAGUUGUCCGCACUGAAAUGAACGGCCAAGCAGACGUCGAAGUCGACUACAAGCGAAAAUACAAGAACCUCAAACGAAAGUUGAAAUUUUUGGUUUAUGAACACGAAUGCUUCCAAGAGGAGUUGAGGAGGGCACAGAGAAAACUGCUCAAAGUGUCCAGGGACAAAAGCUUCCUUCUGGACCGACUGCUUCCCUACGAGAGGGUGGAUGAAGACUCCUCAGAUUCCGACGCGACCGUGUCCUCGGACUACAGCGAGGGAGAAGUACUCCGGGAGAGGGAACGAGAACGGGAUGGAGCCAAGAAGCGAAGAAGUAGCCCGGGCACGUGUCUACCGUCAUCACCCUCGCCUCAUCUCUCCCUGCUAUCUCGUCCGGGCGUACACACGUUGCAGUCCUCCGCCUCCGGCGCUUACCUCAACACUAUGCCCUUCCCACCAGAGUAUUUGGCUCCCCCUGCUGAUCGAGUGAAGAAAGAGCGGAAAACAAAGGCGCCCAAAAACAAGAGAGAUCCAGCCGGGAAGGUGGUGGCGCCCAUGACCGCCAAUUACCCAUCGGGCCCGGCUGCGGCUUCGACGGCCAGUGGCCCCUUCAGCUGGGUCCCCCGACAGAUGCUCAGUGGGGAUGCCGCCGAGGAUGAUGGCGAGAGCGACAUCGACAGCGAGCGAGGAGACGAAGACCGAGGCGAGGGUGACGAGGCCGAGCUAGUCAUUGACAUCCCUAAUGAGUGAGCUUGUCUGCGUGCGUGUGUGUAUGUGUGAGCGAAUAUACUGUGUAGGUGUAAAUACAGUCAUCCCCAGCCAUUUGCGGGAUGGGGAUUGAGCACCGCCGCCAUUAAUGAAGACUUGAACAUUUUCCGUUACAACUUGGCUAAACUUCGCUCCUGCAGGUACAUUAGUGGCUAUAUCAAUCAAUCAUUGUUUGAACACAAAUAUUGGAGUGACAAAUAAUGUAAAAAAAAAAAAAUACUCAGGCAUACAUUAUUUAUCUUCUGCAAA